AUCAGCCGGCAAUUUUGACAGUUUGAAAAGCCUCUUCAGUCUGUUUCCGCUUUUGACGAUUCUUUUUCAAGUCCUCCGUGGCAUGGCGGACGUGCUUUAACAAGUACAAGUCGAUUAAUUUUUUGAAUUUUCCUAGCGACAACUUGAGCGAAAAUGAGUUUGACGGCUUCCCGUCCGCUGGUCAGUAUCUACUCUGACAAAAAUGAAGCUCUGAAGGACAAGAGCCUAUCGCUGCCGUUCCUCUUCAAGGCCCCGAUCCGUCCGGAUGUGGUCAGCGAAGUUUCGCAGCUAAUGCGCCGUAACCGUCGGCAGCCGUACGCCGUGAGCGAAUACGCCGGACACCAAACGUCUGCUGAAUCAUGGGGUACUGGUCGCGCUGUGGCUCGUAUUCCCCGUGUUCGGGGUGGUGGUACCCAUCGUUCCGGCCAGGGUGCCUUCGGUAACAUGUGCCGUGGUGGACGAAUGUUUGCCCCGACCAAGACCUGGCGUCGUUGGCACCGUCGCAUCAACGUGAACCUCAAGCGGUACGCGUUGGUGUCCGCAAUUGCCGCAUCCGGUGUACCAGCUCUGGUUCAAUCUCGCGGACAUGUCAUCGAUGGUAUCUCUGAGUUGCCACUGGUUGUUUCGGAUGAAAUCCAAAAGAUCCAGAAGACCAAGCAAGCCGUCGCUUUCCUGCGCCGUUCCAAGGUUUGGGCCGAUGUCCAGAAGGUGUACAAAUCGCAGCGUCUGCGUGCUGGCCGUGGUAAGAUGCGCAACCGUCGUCGUGUUCAACGCCGGGGACCCUUGAUCAUCUACUCCCAGGAUGAAGGUAUGCGCAAGGCCUUCCGUAACAUUCCCGGAGUUGAUACGAUGAAGGUUUCUCGUCUGAAUCUGCUGAAGUUGGCUCCAGGUGGUCAUGUAGGCCGUCUAUGUGUUUGGACCGAGUCGGCCUUCGCCCAGUUGAAUGACAUCUACGGCACCUGGAAGACCAAGUCCACGGUCAAGAAGGACUACAAUCUGCCGAACCCGAUCAUGUCCAACACCGACUUGUCUCGUCUGCUGAAGAGCGAAGAAAUUCGCAAGGUUCUGAAACCAGCCAAGAAGACUGUCCAUCGUCAUGUACGUCGUCUGAACCCGUUGACCAACACUCGUCAACUGGUCAAAUUGAACCCGUACGCCGAGGUUACCAAGCGACGUGCAUUGCUGGCCGCCAAGAAGCGCAAGUACGAGCGUAUUGUUGCUGCCUGCAAGGCCCGAAACAUCGAGCUGCGCAAGAACAACACCGCGUUCAAAUUCCUGGCCCAGGAGAAGAAUCGCGAGAAGCAGCUCGCCAAGAACAAGGAAGUGCGCGACAAGAAGGACGCCGCUAAGAAGGCUGAAGGCCAGAAGAAGCGAGUGGCGAAACACAAGGCGCUGGAAAACGCCCGACGAGCCCGCAAGGGUUUGGCUCCGCUGAAGGGCAAGAAGUAGGAGACAUAAUUCCAACAGAAGGCUCCUUAUAUUGGUAAGAGGGAAAGGGCUCUAGGCUGACAUCAAGGUCUACUGCUUCUGAUGUUUACAACUUUCCUGUUUAUUAUUAAUAUGUAAAAGAAUAAAAGCUGAGCAUUGCGCUUACCUGUGGUACACACUUGAAAUAAUAAGUCUUAUUUUUAGAUUUGUAUAAAUUAA